UGUGGGGUGUCUGUGGGGUGUCUGGGGGUGUCUAUGGGGUGUCUGUGGGUGUCUAUGAGUGUCUAUGGUUGUCCAUGGGGUGUCCGUGGGGUGUUUAUGGGUGUCCAUGGGUGUCCGUGGGGUGUCCAUGGGUGUCCAUGGGGUGUCUAUGGGGUGUCUGUGGGGUGUCUAUGGGUGUCUGUGGGCUGUCUGUGGGGUGUCUAUGGGUGUCUAUGGGCAUCUGUGGGUGUCCAUGGGGUGUCUGGUGGUGUCUGUGGGGUGUCUGUGGGUGUCUGUGGGUUGUUUAUGGGGUGUCUAUGGGUGUCUGUGGGGUGUCAGUUGGUGUCUGUGGUGUCUGUGAGUGUCAAUGGGGCGUCUAUGGGUGUCCGUGGGUGUCCGUGGGGUGUCUGUUGGUGUCCAUGGGAUGUCUAUGGGUGUCCGUGGGUGUCCGUGGGAUGCCUGUUGGUGUCCUGUGAGUGUCAAUGGGGAGCAGGGGGGCCGUGUCCCCCCGCCCCCAACCCGCCCCUCCCCCAGUGCUCCGCCCCCCUCCCCGGGCUCCGCACGCGCCGCGUCUGCUGCCGGGGGGGGGGAGGGGCGGCUGGGGGGUCAGCGAGUGUCAGCGCUGCCCUGGGGACAACGGGGACACCAGCGACAACGCUGUGUCACCAGGUGUCCCCCCGUGUCCCCCCGGAUUCCAGCGGCUGAACGGGACGUGUCAGGACAUCGACGAGUGCCAGCAGGGGGCGCUGUGCCGCCGGGGGCUCUGCACCAACACCCGGGGGGGGUUCACGUGUCGCUGCCCCCCCGGCUUCCUGCUCGACUCGGCCCGGGUGGCCUGCAUCUCCCAGCAGGUGCUGUCUGAGGCGCGGGGCCCAUGCUUCCGGGUGCUGGGGGAGGGGCGGCGCUGCGCCCUCCCCACCCUGCGCAACAUCACGCGCCAGAUCUGCUGCUGCAGCCGCGUGGGCAAGGCCUGGGGGGGGCACUGUGAGCGCUGCCCCCCCUUCGGCUCCGCCGAGUUCCGCGAGAUCUGCCCGGCCGGCCCCGGCUACCACUAUUCGGCCUCCGACCUGCGCAUCGACACCCGCUACCUGGGCCCCGGCGGCCCCGGCGUCACCCGUGUCCCCGAUAUCCCCGGUGUCACCCCGCCCCCGGGGGGGGUCACCCCCGUGUCCCCCCCCGUCCCCACGAGGCCGCCGCUGCCGCCGCCGCCGCCCGAGGUCGUGGUUGUUCCGCGGGGGGGGCUGCGGCGCCCCGCCCCCACCCGGGCAGCGCCCCGGCCCGGGUGCCCCCCCGGGGUGUGCGGCCCCGGGCGCUGCGUCCCCCGGGCGGGGGGCAGCGGCUACAGCUGCGUCUGCAACCCGGGCUAUUGGCUGAGCACCCACGGCACCCACUGCACCGACGUGGAUGAAUGUGCCCAGAGUCCCCCGCCCUGCGCCCCCGGGCGCUGCCACAACCUGCCGGGGACCUUCCGGUGCCACUGUCCCCAGGGCUACGAACCCGGGGACACCGGCACCCGCUGCCAAGACGUGGACGAAUGUGUCACCGGGUCCCCCUGUGGUCCCCACGGCCACUGCGUCAACACUGAGGGCUCGUUCGGCUGCCGCUGUCACCGCGGAUACCGGGCGGGGGACAGCGGGGGACCCUGCGAGGACGUCAACGAGUGUCUGGAGGGCGAGUUCUGCUUCCCGCACGGCGAGUGUGUCAACACCCCCGGGUCCUACGGCUGCGUCUGCGCCCCUGGCUUCCGCAGCCCCGCCCUGGGGGGGGCCUGCGAAGACAUUGACGAGUGCCAGCGCGGGGACGUCUGCGCCGGCGGCACCUGCGUCAACACCGACGGCUCCUUCGAGUGUCGCUGUCCUCCCGGGUUCCGCACCGAUGUCACCCAGGCCCAGUGUCACGACGUGGAUGAGUGCCAGGAGUACGGUGACACCCUGUGCGGUGACCAGCGCUGUGACAACAUCCCCGGCUCCUAUCGCUGCGUCACCCGCUGCCACCCCGGCUACCAGGAGGGGGACAGCGGGGACUGUGUGGACGUGGACGAGUGCCAGGAGUACGGUGACACCCUGUGCGGUGACCAGCGCUGUGACAACGUCCCCGGCUCCUAUCGCUGCGUCACCCGCUGUCACCCCGGCUACCGGGAGGGGGACAGCGGGGACUGUGUGGACGAGGACGAGUGCUCCAACGCCACGCUCUGCGGUCCCCACGCCACUUGUCACAACGUCCCCGGCUCCUUCCGCUGUCACUGUCACCCCGGGUACCGGCCCGGGCCACAAGGCCACCCCUGCCAAGACGAGGACGAGUGUCUGUCUGUCCCGCCGCCCUGCGGCCCCGAGCGCUGCCAGAACCUGCCGGGCUCCUUCCGCUGCCUCUGCCGCGACGGCCGCCAGCGCUACGACCCGGACACGGCCCGCUGCGUGCCCCCCGCGCCCCAACCGCCCCCCCGGGAACCGCAACCGCCCCCCCGGGAACCCCAGACGCCCCCCAGGGAACCGCACCACCCCCACCGGGGACCCCAGCCCCCCCUCCAGGAACCCCAACUGCCUGCCCGGGAACACCAGACACCCCCCAGGGUACCUCAACUGCCCCCCCAGGAACCCCAAAUGCCCCCCAGGCUACCCCAACUGCCCCCCUGGGAACCCCAGCCCCCGCUCCGGGAACCCCAGCUGCUCCCCCAGGAACCCCAAACGCCCCCCAGGGUACCUCAACUGCCCCCCCAGGAACCCCAGCCCCCUCCCCGGGAACCCCAACUGCCCCCCUGGGAACCCCAACCCCCACUCCGGGAACCCCAGCUCCCACCCCGGGAACCCCAAGUGCCCCCCUGGGAACCCCAGUCCCCCCUCCGGGAACCCCAACUGCCCCCCCGGGAACCCCAACCCCCCACCUGGGAACCCCAGCUGCCCCCCUGGGAACCCCAGCCCCCACCCCGGGAACCCCAGAAUCCGCCCCCGGGACCCCGGAGUCCGGGCGCGUGCUACGGCGCCUCCUGCCGGCUGCUGGCGGCCAACGUGACCCGCGCGCAGUGCUGCUGCAGCCUGGGGGGGUCCUGGGGCCCCCGCUGCCCCGCCGCGAGCAGCUGCCCCCCGCCCGGCACCGGUGAUCACAUGACCCUGUGUCCCCACGGCCCCGGGCGAGUCCCCACGGGCCCCCAGGGGACCCCCCAAGACGUGGACGAGUGCGCGCUGUUCUCGCCCCCGCUGUGCCGGGGGGGCCUGUGUCUCGACUCCUCCCCCGGCUUCCGCUGCUUCUGCCCCACCGGCUUCUACUACGAACCCCACGAGCUGGAGUGUGUGGACAUCGACGAGUGCUCCGGAGAGGCGGCCGCGUGCCCCGGGGGGGGCGAGUGCAUCAACACUUUGGGCUCGUUCCGCUGCGCCUGCGCCCCCCCCCUGGUGCUGGAGCCGGCGCAGCGCCGCUGCGUCCCCAACGACACCCACCUGGGUGACACCCGGGCCGUGUGCUGGCAGGAGGUGGGGGCCGACCUGGUGUGCGGGAGCCCCCGGCUGGCGGGGCCAGUGACGUACGGCGAGUGCUGCUGCCUGUUCGGCCAGGCCUGGGGGAUGGAGUGCGCGCUCUGCCCCUCCCCCAACACAGACGACUUCGAGCUUCUGUGCAACACUCUGCGUCCCCCCCACCCCCCUCGUGUCCCCCCCCAGUUCCCCCCCCCCAACAUUUAUUUUGGGGGGGGCCAAGAUUUUUUUGGAGGGGGUCACAAUUAUUUGGGGGGGGGCCGUGAUUUUUUGGGCCCCCCCGCGCCCUUGGAUUACGAGCCGUAUUUUUUGGGGGGGGUGGGUUAUGUGCCUGCACCCCCCCGCUAUGAGGCGGGGUCGGAUUUUGGGGACCCCUCCCUCGCCCAUCGGCCACGGGGACCCCGGUUUGAGCCCCCCCCCCCGCACCAACCCCAUGGAGGGGGCCCCGAGGAGGACGAGGAGGAUGAAGAGCCCUGCGGGGUGCUCAGCGGGUGUCACCACGGCCGCUGCGUCCGCGUCCCCGACGGCUUCACCUGCAUCUGCGACCCGGGGUACCGGCUGGACCCCGCGCACCUGGAGUGCCGUGACGCUGACGAGUGCGCCCGUGUGCCCCCCCCCUGCCUGCCUGGCCGCUGCCUCAACACCCCCGGCUCCUUCCGCUGCCUCUGCCCCGCCGGAUAUGCGCCCCCCCUGCCCCCCGCCCCCCCCCGCUGCCUCCCCAGGGCCUGAUGACCCCCCCCAAAACCUGGGGGAACCCCCCAAAAAAUGGGGGGUGGCACCAUAUUUAUUGUGUGUGUAUAUAUAUAAAUAUAUAGGAUUUGGGAGGGGGGGGAGGGCACCCUGACCCCUCCCUUAACGUUGGGGUGGGGUGCCUUGACCCUCCUCUCCACAUGGUGGGGGGGGGCGCCCAUGAGUCUCCUUGCUGUGUUCCUCUGGGAGAGAGGGGGGCAGUUUUGGGGACCCCCCACCCAUUUUUACAGAAUAAAGAUUUUAUAGAAAACGA